CUUUUACCUGCAUAAACUCCACUCUGCACUCCACGUUCAGGCUGAGCCUCCAGUGUCUUCCAUCCCAUGCCAUUCCCAUCCGACCCGUAUCCUAACCUAUCCAUUUCUCUUUGGAUCAGAUUCUUCUUCCAUUCUUUAGCUGCAAGCACUUCUGCUUAUUGACCUGCUUCUUCCGGCUUCUGGUCCGAUUCGAAGCUUGAACAACCCCUCUUCGGACGUCAUCCUGGCUGGUGAUGCUCUCGUCAUUUUCAACAACAUAGCGUCUUCCGAUAAUCUUCAACUCACAGCGCUUCGAAUUAUUGACCAGAGCGCUGCUUGUUGCCCCCACCUAGAUCUUGGCAACAUUGACGCAUUCCUCCUAGACACCCGCACUCUGGGAAUAGUACAACACCUCCAGUAGCUGGAGAGUAAAACGAUAUCCUUGCUUUAGUGGGAGCCUAGUACCCAACACGAGCACCCGCCGUCUUUCGCACGCAGCUACUGGUCUCGUCGCCAGGGCUCCAUAAGCUUCCCCCUCCACCAACCUGCAAUCGACACUUAGCAACUCUUGGAUUCAUGAACACCACUACAUCACCAAUUUCUCAGCAUUUACGCUCAAUUCUGGCAUCGCAACUCUCCACACGCCCUGGCUCUGGCGUAGCCCGACGCUUUCGUCGCCAUCGGGACUCAGCCAGCCGCCCCCUCCGCUCCCGAUCCCGCUUCGUCGCCGUCAUCUCCCCCCACUCGACACCGCCGCUCUAGGUACCGUUCCUCACUAGGAUACUCGGCUCACAGGGCCUCACAAACCUUAAGCCUGACGCUGCAUCAACAAAGCCACGAUCAUGUCGGGCCCUGCGAGCGUGAGGGUCUCGGGUCCUCCAAACAGUAGCUUUCUCGUGGGCUAUCCUGGUAUCUCUGCGACUCUGCCGCGCAUCGAAGGAAAAGUCGAAAUUCGCCCUGGGCAAGGUUUUUCCAUGCCCGUACCCGUAUCCCUCGUUCGAAUAUGUCUUCAGCGCCGAGAAACAAUACAUCCCGAUGCCGACAGCAUUGCGAAACGACAUCUAGGCGCUCCCCGCCGCGAGACCACGGAUCUAGUCGGAAAAGAGCAGCUCCUCUUUCGCUGCUCAUCUGGAAAGGAGGCCGAGAGGAUCAUUGCUAUGGAUCUACCGUUCGUUCUGUUUAUUCCUUUUGGUCGCGGCGGCGAAGAGUCGAAUCGUCGUAUACCUCCAGCGUCCCUCCAACUACCCAGCCGAACCGCCGAAACAUACUACGAGCUCGUCGUUACUGUUCAGCAAGGCCACAGCAACCAGUACAAGUACACUUUUCCAAUACCUUUACAACGCUACGAUACACUUUCUACCUUCGGAAUGUAUAACAAGCCCGAAUCCAAAUUGGUCACUAACGAUAAUAUCGUACACCUCGGCAUCAAUCUACCACGGUGGAGCUACGGCCCCAGUGAUCCCAUCACAGUAUAUAUCAAACUGUCACCAAACCUCGAUUGGUUAAGUAAAGCGAAACGCGUCACAAUUGAAAAGAUUACCUUGACUGUUGAGGAGGAAAUCACAUUCAACCCAGAAGGUGAUGAACCUACGAAAAAGAUAAACAGGAUCUCGAAACAGGUGCAACCGGUUAAGACAAAGAUGCCAGAGGCGGGUUACGCCACAAACGUCGGGCUGACAUUUCCAUCCAAGGAUCUGAGAGAUCCAGAAGGCGUCGUCAGGCGGGGGAAGCCCCAAUUUCCUCUUUACGAAGUCACAUCAUUUACCACGACUUCUACCCUUUACAAAAUCGAGUUCUACUUGGUUAUUAAGGUAUGCUCUCUUCGGGUUUCCAUGCCUCGCCUGCGCUAACAGUCCAAGGUCAAUCUUAGUGGUGCCCGAGAUGUAAUGAUACGUCAGCCGAUUGUCAUCUGCCCGUUAGAUCAACAGGCCUGUAAGGAAGAGAUGGACGCUAUAGAACAGGCGGCCAAAGACGCCUCUCACGUGGAUCCGAACAACCCGAUGCUUCCAGCGCCGACUGUUAUUCUCGCCAACGACCGCGAUUCAUUACGAGCAUUGGGUCUAUGUAUGGUUGGAGGCCAGAAGAAGCCAUUCAUUGAAUGAUGAACUAGGAGGUCCAGGGAUGGCUUUUAAGAACCUUUUUGCCAUGCGCCACGCUCACCCGAAGAUGGCAGGACGCCGUUGCGCCAAUGAGCCGCAACUGAAGCCGCGUCGGGAGUAUAUCUCCCAUGCCAGAUCCAGCGUAACGGCACAACGGUAGAGAAAUAGGUCGCACGACGGCAUAUGAAAGGACCUGGCGAGAACGGAACUAAGCUAUCGAGGUUCCCUCCAGUUGAAGUAUACCCAGGGGUGUUUGCAUUUUGGGGAAACCGGCGAAGAGGGGAUAGGGCUCUUGUAAUACCGGGCAUAGUUCAUGGCGUUCCGGGGGGGCUUCAGGGAAAGGAAUGAGCACAGGCAGUGGGCAAGUGCACGAUGUAAAUGUUCCACAUGUCAUAGUGAUAUGAAUGAAAUAUAUUGAAUCUUAUGAAGCCAUGAGUUUUACAGAUUGGUCUAAUGAGUCAUUUUCUGAGGGCAUGAGUAGAGUUGAUCCAUACUCCGAGCAUGAGGAGCUGAACUCGACAUAAAGGAGAUUGCACCAAGGAAAACACCUUCGAAAGACAAUGGGAAACAAUGGAGGGUCAUUGUACUUGAGAAACAGAACGGAAGGAUUGUUUGAGAAUUACAGAGAGGAUUGCAUAAACCUCAAGCAUGA